AGAAAGAGCUCGUACGACAGAGGGUGGAGGAAAAAAAAAAGCAGAGGGACUUCUCCUGUUUACAACAACAUAAUGGAGCCAAAAUGGUCAAACAACAUCUGCAAGCGUGCUUUACUGACUGGAUUUACGUUAUUUAUUGUACUAGUCACAAAGUCAACACAAGCGAUCGACAUCUACGCCGACUCGGAGGUGAUCCUGCAGAACGGCACGGCGGGAACACUUCGAUGCACCUUCAAGUCGAGUGAAGUCGUCAGCCACACCACCGUCGUGACCUGGAGCUUCCAGUCCAGUCAGCUUGACAAUAAGUUCUCCAAAGCUGCGCACACGAUUUUCUACUUGUCAAAUGGUAAAGAAUACCCAGGUCUAGCAGAGUUCAAAGACAGGGUGCAGUUUAUCGGAGACAUAAAUAAGAGGGACGUCUCGAUACAGCUGAGCCCGGCUCAGUUCAGCGACAACGGCACCUUCUUCUGCGACGUGAAGAACCCACCUGACGUGAUGGGAACACCUGCUCGAAUGGAGCUCAGGGUCGUCCUGAAAGAAUCUCUUCCUGCCAGCAACACAGCCAUUAUAGUCGGAGCAGUUUGUGGUGCUUUAUUUCUGCUCGUCCUCGUCGCUGUAGCUGCCUGUAUCGUAAUGAGGGUGCUUCACAGCCGUCAUGAAUAUGAAGGAUGCACGUCCUUGGAAAGCGUGAGCUCUCAGGCUCCGCAGCAACGAAAGAAGGUGGAGUCCAGCCUGGAGGGCUCCAGGUGUACCAGUCCCUCGGGUCCACUACAGGGCCCGGUGAUAUACGCCCAGUUGGAUCACUCAGGCAGCAAAAACUCGUUCCAUAAGAUGGAGCCUGUGGUCUACGCUGACAUCCGUAAAAACUGAAGAGGGACCGGGGACCAAAAAGAAAAAUAUACAAAACCACAGUAAAGUAUCAGACCUCUCUAUCAGCUGCUCUUGGGAAGGGGUGGGCAUAUCUCAACAGGGACAGAAAAUCGGUGCAGUCUCCAUCUUAUUUUGAAAUUCUUUUGUCCUCUGAAAGCAUGAUACUGUUAUAUGAAAAAAAGUGACGUCUCCAUGUGCUUUAUUGUGACGACAAAAAAAAAAGCAAAGAAACACUCCAGUGGACUGUACAGUACUCCAUCACAUCAGCCUUGAAAUCUUUCUCUGACAAGCAAAUAAAAAAAAUACCUUCAUAGAAAUCAUUCCACAUGUUAAAAUACUUCUUUAAACUUUUUUUAUUUUGUGCCUGAAAAAACUUCACACGGCUGUUGCACCGGCUCUAAAUGAUUCAACUGUUUUCUGCUUCAUGUUUAACUUUGUAGGACACUAAACUUUGUUUCAACACUACUUAAGACGUCUCUAAAUAGCGAUGGGAAACUAGACUGAGUAUAAGAGGUGGACGUAGUCUCUGGGUCUGACAAGUUGAAAUACAGCCAUCACAGAGAAAUAAAGCCAAUAAAAGACGUGCCUUAAACCUGCGUUUUCUCAAUCAGGCAGCAGGGGGCGACUCCACUAGUUGCAAAAAUAAGUCAUAUUAGAUGUCUACAAGUAAAUGACUAUUUGUCUUGUUUGAUUUUUUACUCUAAUAAUUUUCCUGAUAAGUCUAUUUUUUUAAUCGCUAAUUUCAAGUCGUCUGUCAUUUCGUCGGUUAUUCUCCCGUUUAGAGAAAAAUAAACGAUCCAGUUAAGUGUUCUUUAGGGUUUGGCUACCUUUGAUGUACAAGUCACUGCUCCUGUGGUCUUAAAGUCACUCAGAGUUGUUGACUUUUGUAUUUGAUGCUUGUUUUUUGUGCAUCCCAAUCGAUGUCAAAGUUACAGAAGUAUGGAUAAUUGGUGCUAACAAAGCUAGAGCUAGCAUUAGCUUUAUGAAUGAGCGUCUGCUAACCUCUCCAGCUGCACUGUCUUAUCCAGAUUUAAUCACGUAUUGCUUCACAAACCAAAACGGACGACUUUAAAAAUAAUAGUCCUCUAACCAAUGGUGAUGUCACGAUGGCUACGUUCACUUCUUCUACUCAGUCUAUGGACUGAAUGAGAGAUUCAAAGAGAUAUUUUAUCGCCAGCAUGCAAACCAGCUAACAUUGCGUUUCAGCUUUGUGGAAGCACGCACACAGCGCCGCGCUCCCCUGCUGGUUCAGCUUAAACCGUCUCGCCUCCGUUACUAACACCAAAGACACUACAGAGGGGGGGAUUACUUUGUCCCCCCAUUACGCGUAAACAUCACGGCUUGAAACAUCGGUCUGAAAAGUGCUUAUGGCUGAUCGACAGACGGGUCAAUAACCUGAAUGUCUGUGAUUCUUUCAUUUAAGUUUCUCUCUCAAUCCUGAGUUUCAAACGUUUAACAAAGCAGCGUCUGUUCUGUGUUUAAUUAACCUGAACAGAGUGAACGUUCAAGUUUAACUUAUCCUAACUCUGUGUUGUAAUAAAUUUCACAUCUUAAAUGACAUUUCUUUUAAGCUAUGCUUGAAUUUACACCUCGCCGGUGCAGCAGCCUCGGUUCAUCUCGCUGUCGGGCGCUUCCACAGUGAUCUUGUUUUGUCGGGGCGUGUAGUUACAUUUUACAUCGCCUUCAGUAACUUUGCAUGCAGCUAUGAUGACAUCUACAAACUAAAGUUGGUACUCCUCAACUAGACUGACAUCGUAUUUACUGUGAAUGCUUCAGUUUUCUGUAGACUCCUGGCAUGUUGUCGUGGUACCUUUUUAUAAAGAAAAACCAACUCCCGUUUGAUUUUCACCUCAGUGGAACGCCAUCUUUAAACAUUUUUUGCCCUGAAUUGCCAUUUUCAUUUUAAAAAGAAGUGCAUAAACACAAUAAGAGCAAUGCAGCCUCUGUGCAUCUUUCUGUUCUGCAAAGUGCAAGACGUUUACCUGCCUGUUUGUGAGGUGUAAAAAAAAAAACCUCCUGCUUGUGGGUGUUACCCGGGCAGUUGUUUUAGUUUUGAGUUCUUCUGAAAUAUGCAUGAGCAAACAAAAUGUGCAACUGAGGUGAAAUCAUCUACGAAAACUGGGAGCUGACAUUUGUUGUUGGAUGGAACAAAUGCUAAAUACACUGUUUGCAUGCAAUUUACUAACAUAACAAUCAUUAUUACAAACAUAUCCAUCCUUUCUUCCAUCUAUGUAUCAUGUAAAACUCUUUUUUUUUUCUUAAACUAAUGGGCCAAAUAUAUUUGAGUUCUUUUCAGAAGCUUUAAAAUGCAUUCCAAAUCCGUCAUUUCUGUUGUCUCCAAGCAUUUAAAAGCCAAAUGUAUGUUCCGGUUCUGUUUGUCGAUGGCUCGCUAACCUAUGAGAAUGAUGUCUGUGUUGAAAAAAAAAUGUCUUAAAAAAAGUUCAGCUUCAGCCCGUGAUUCACAAUGCAGUAAAUCUCCACGUUGACCAGUAUUUGUAUAUAUUUCCUGCUCGUGUAAGAUAUAGUGCUGUUUACUGUAACUCAUUCCAGUGUGGUGCGGAUGUGGUUGUCUUUCCCCAGAAGGAGAGAAGUUUGCUGUAGAGGUCUAGAGAGAGAGAGUUGGUGUUUUUUCUUUUGAUGUUUUUCUCUUUUUUCAGUCUGAAUUAUUUCUCGCCUCACACUCAAGCGUACAGUGUGCAGCGCCUGCAGGUGGUGUUGAGCCGGUCCACUCAGAUGGCUUGAAUUCAACUUUGUUUUGGUUAAUUAUGUACGCAAAAUCAGAUUUAUUCUGAAUAUUCAUUACUUAAGUGGUGGCCAAGCUACCAUGACCAUGAUGUGACACUUGCAUAAAUCAUUUAUUUAUCCACUUGGGGGCAGCAGACCAGAAUCAGCUUCGUUGGCCAUUUAUUCUCAAAUACACAAAAUAAAUUUGACUACGGUGACCAAGCUGUGGACAUGACUUUGACAUUUGACAUUUAAAGUUUAAAUGGUGAAUAAGAGAUAAUCAAAUAUUUAAAUGUGUUUGGAAUCAUGCUUAUAUUUACCUGAUAAAUUAAAAGAUAGUUCACUCCCCAGUCCGACAAGUGCAAUCGCACUGCAAGACAUGGGUAAGAAAGCGGCUGCAAAUUCUGACGACGAUGCAAAUAAAAAAACAAAUGUAAACAAAACAUGAAGCGAAUGCAUACACGAUGCAAAAUCAAACACAUGCAGAGACAAUGCUGCACAUUCAGACAUCUUAAAGGUUGUGCUCCUGGGUUGUUUUUGUCCUCAAAGUUGUGUUUGGCCAUUUAUCUGCUAAAUGCUCCACAAUGUUCCCGAGCUCGUCUAGGUUAAAACAACAAUGUUCUCUUUAAGCUGAAAAAAAACAUUUUCAAAGAGGCGAGAGUUAACCAUCUGUUUUCACUGUCAUUUGUUUUAAAAACAAAUAGCCAGGACAGCCACUUCAAACACACCCAAGGUGAAGGAUAUUACAUUAUGUUCCAAGUUAUUUUUUGUUUAAACUUCUGCUAGAGGGAACUAGUACCAGCUGUGUCACUUUAAACUUUGUAACAUUUGUACAACACAUCCAUUAGGAUCAUUAAAGUCUGAAUUUAGAAUAAGACUUGACAGCCCAAGUACAAAGUUCACAUUCGAACUGUGAUGAGCCAUUCAAAUUCAAAACAUCAGCGCAUCAGACCGUCUGAAGUAGUUUGCAGUCUGAUCCAGCAGAGGGCGAAUAUGUUUGAACAUUACUGUGUCAUAUACUUAAAAUCGUUCAAAGUGGUUUUAUUUUGAAAAGUACGGCCCUAGUCUGUCCCCACAACGGCUCUGAAGCUUGUUACACACCAGAAAACACGAGUGGUUAAAACAAAACAGACAUUUAAACAAUAUCGUCUUACACUACACCUCGUUUGAAAAUAAAUCGACAUUAAAAACUGAAUAUUACGCCCAGCCCUCCUCCAAUCAUUCCUCAUGUUUCUAUAAACUCCUCUUAUGUGAUAUUCAGGCCAUCAUGAGAGACCACUGUGGCUGUGACAACACAACGCAGGCGCUGUACUCGACGUGUUUCAUCUUUUCUCUUCUCCUCUGUUGUUUGUUCUCUUAGUUUGCAUGUACCCUCCACAUAUUCACCAAAUCAAACCUGUAUGAUACUGCCAAAACCUUACUGCUGGUCGCUUUGCUCUGAUCGUGACUUGUCGCAGUGUUUAGUGCUGUUGUAGAAAUUGUGAUGUAAACUAUAAAUUAUGAAAGAUUUACAGUUUGAGCGAGCUCACACGCAGCGUUCGAUGUCUUAAAAGUGUCGAGUGAACGUUCACUCGGCUCACGGCGAGUCUUAAAGUGCGUGCUUAGUGUUUUUUCGAUGGUAAAUAGUCGUGUGUUUAUGAGAAUUGUUUGGUAUGUUAUGUUGUAAAAUCUGCACUAUGUCUUGCAUAUCAAAGACAACAAAUUCCCUGUGAUUUUUUGUUUUUAUUUGGGUUCAUCUCAGAAUGACCUUGGCCUCUGUUUCAUGUCUCUAAAACUGGAAUGUUGUACAUUUAGUGCCUUUUACAUUUCAUCAGCUAACUUGAACAUCUGCUCCAAAUAGAAAAGAUAAGAUUCAUUUAUUUUCCUUUUACUGUAUGUAUUUUUUUAUACACAUAAUAUCGCCUCUGUAUCCACGGUUCAAAUUUUAUAUAAAACUUAUUCCUGGCCAACUA